UAGCAUCGGAUCUUUCUAAUCUAACUGGGAAUUUGCUCUCUGCUAUAUUUGGAAUCUCUUUGGAUUUUUUAUCUGCAAAUCUUUGCUUGCUUUUCUUGGAUUUACUUUAAAGAAAUCAUGACUCUUGAAGAGGUUCACGGACAGGAAACCGUUGUUGAAAGCACUGACAGGAUGCAUUGUGCUGGCAAAGCCCUGCAUGAGCUGCUGGUGUCAGCCCAGAGACAGGAGUGCUUGACCGUUGGAGUCUAUGAGUCUGCCAAAGUAAUGAAUGUUGAUCCAGAUAAUGUGACAUUCUGUAUACUGGCUGCUGAUGAGUAUGAUGAGGGGGACAUAGCCCUGCAGAUCCACUUCACUCUGAUUCAAGCCUUCUGCUGUGAAAAUGACAUCAACAUAGUUAGACUGAAUGACACAGAGAAACUUGCACAAAUUCUGGGCAGUACCGAGGAGUCUGGAGAAACCAAAGACCUGCAUUGCAUCCUUAUUACGAAUCCCAAUCAGGAUGCAUGGAAAGACCCAGCAUUGGAAAAGCUUGGACUGUUUUGUGAGGAAAGCCGUAAUGUUAACGACUGGGUGCCUGUUAUUACCCUUCCAGAGUGAAGAUCUGUCUUGUGCAUAAGAUUGUGAAAUCUUUCUGCAUUAUCAUGGUGUUGUGCACCUGGACGAGCCAGCUGCAUUCCUAAAUCUGUGGAUUAAGCUGGUCGAGGUCGGAUUAUGUCGCCAAGACUGGCAAGAUGUUGGCUCUUGUGGAGCAAAAGAGUAAAGGUGGAAACUUAAACAGGACUGAUCUGCAGAAAUGAUGGUUUCAUACCAGUGCAAAGGCUCCCAUCAUAUGUGCACUGGGGAAGGGACUAUACUACAUUGGAGAUGGAGUAUUUGCAUGUUUACUGGACUGAAGGAACUGAUGCAAAGUGAAAUCUUUCAAAGGCAAUGCAGCACAUUUGGCUGCGUAGAAGUAAAGUGCUGAGUGAACAUGUGAUGAAAUCGUUUGGAUCUUCCUGGAUUGCUUACAUGUAAAGGAAAAGAGAAAUAAAGCCAUAUAUAAUGGCAGAUGAAGAAUUUGGACAGUGAAAUUGAAGCUCUGGACUGUAAAAUGAGACUGAAUUUAUGCUCUUAAAUUGCAACCUCUGCUUGUUAGAGCAGUGCUAUAGAAUUACCAACUAUCCUACAUCAUACAAAGACUUAAGAUACUAAGUAUAUUAUGAACUAUAUUCUACAAGUGAUUGUGAUACAUUUUUACUUUUCACUUAACUGGAUAUAUUUUUAAUGCAUUUUCAAUAAACAAAUUUUAAACCUA